AUGUCACAUAACCCAUAUUCCAUCGAUUCAGUUCCUGCUCCUGAAGGAAUUCCCUUUCCAGAAUAUUAUCCAUUAUUCAUGGACUGGCGAUUUCCUAUCUCGGUUGCUGCCAUUUACACACUUUCAAUCCUAAUUCUGAAUCCUAAAUCAUCAAAAGUAUCGCGUGUAGUGGCACAAUCUAAAGGCAUUAAACAGAGCGGAAAGAGUUCAAAAGAUAGUUCAGCGAUGACAGCAUUUAUAUUCGUACAUAACUUGUUGUUGUGUGUUUAUUCGUUUAGCACGUUUCUUGGAGCGGGUUCGGCUCAAUUAAGGAACUUUUUGACACAUUCGAAUUUUACUGAUGCUUAUUGCGAUCGAGAUGGCUCAUUCUGGAAUAAUGCUCUUGGAUAUUGGGGAUAUUUAUUCUACUUAUCAAAAUAUUACGAAAUAGUUGAUACAAUAAUUAUUUUACUCAAAGGACGUCGUUCUUCUUUACUACAAACGUACCAUCACGCCGGCGCAAUCAUAACAAUGUGGUCAGGCAUCAACUACGGCGCAACAGCGGUCUGGAUCUUUGUGAUUUUCAAUUCUUUUAUCCACACUAUAAUGUACGCAUAUUACGCAGCAACCUCAAUUGGACUGCACCCUCCCGGCAAACAAUAUCUCACCACAAUGCAAAUUUCCCAAUUCCUAAUUGGCACCUCACUGGCAAUAUCAUACUUGUUUGUUGACGGAUGUCAUGCAUCCGCCGGUGCAAGAAUGGCUACCUGGAUUAAUGUUAGUUAUUUGUUCCCGUUGAUUUAUCUUUUUGUUGAUUUUGCAAAGAAAACGUAUGGUAAGCCAUCGGCUAAUGGAAACGGUCCCUUGAAAAAGACGCGCUAA